AGAGAAUUUGUGAAGAGUUUGAACAAAUAUGUGAUCAGUAUAAAAUCAAACAAAAGAUUGAUCAUAUAAUUUGUGACAAUGCAGCAAAUAUGAAAAAGGCAUUCACCACAUGUUUUCCCAGUUCAGUUGAAGCAGAUGAGGAUAAUGAAUGACUGCCUUGAUGAUGCAGAACUUUGGAAUGCCCUUCCAGUGGAUGAGGAGGAGAGGCUGAAUGAAACAUUGACCUCCAAAAGUCAGCAUAGACUACAGUGCUUUGCGCACACACUACAAUUGGUUGUUGGUGAUGGUCUUAAAGAGACCAGGGCUGUCAGUUCGGCUCUGGCCAAAGUGUCGCGGAUCAGUUCUCUGCUCCACACAAGUACUUCGUUUAAGGAGGAAUUUGAGAAAGAAUUUGGCCAACGUGGAGUUCCUGCUUCUGUUGUUACUCGAUGGAAUUCGACUUUCCGACAGCUGAAGUCUUUGCUUAGCUGUGACUACCAAACUUUGUGCAAGGUCUUGGAUGUUAGAGGGCACAGAGAGACUAUUUUCACUCUAAGAGAGUGGGCUCAGAUUAAAGAACUGGUCAGCAUUCUGAAGCCCUUUGCUGAUGCCACUGAUCUCACACAGGGAGAGAAAGUUGUAACCAUAAGUGCUGUAAUUCCCUGUGUUCUCUCCCUCAACAAUCACUUGGAAAACCAGAAAGAAGGAACACAAUACUUGGUCAACCUAAUCCACAGCCUUCAAAGAUCACUGCAAAGAAGAUUCAAAGGCAUCUUUGUCAAUGUAAAAAUGUCUCAGCCAGAGACCAAUGAAGGAAUCCUGCCAUUCUCUGAUCCUGUGUAUGUCAAAGCAGCUGUUCUUGAUCCAGCCUUUGGGGUUAUGUGGAUAGAGCACGAUGUAUUGGUUGAUGACAAGCUGAAGGAGCAGUUGACCAUGGAAGUAAAAAAUCUGAUUCUCCAGGAGGCAGAGCAUACCAAUAUGGAACAGACAGGUCAUGGAGAUGAAGAAGAGCAAAUCAAAGGAGAUGAAACUGGGCUGUUCUUAUACCACAAAAAGCAGAAGAAAUCCACUCAUUUCAGCCCUGCUGCCCAGCUCAACCAUUACCUGGACAAUUGUGAUGGCCAGAACUGCCUUUUGUUUUGGGGAAUGAACAAGGAGAAAAUGCCUUCACUGUUCCAAAUCGCAAUGAGGGUAUUAGCUGUGCCUGCUUCAAGCGCACCUGUCGAGCGUGUAUUCAGUCAUGGGGGGAUUAUUAUGCGGCCCCAUCGUUCACAGCUUAGUGCCAAUGUCUUGGCAAACCUUAUUUUCUGUAAAUGCAACACAUUUUAGACCGUUUCAAUUAAAUUUAAUUAGACAGAUCCAGGACUGGAUCUUAGACUUGAUACAUCUUAGACUCUAAACGUUUUUUUUUUGUAAACAACACAAUUUA